UGGCCCGGGCUCUGGCGUCCAACCUGCUGCCGCCGCGGCCCGGCCGAGCUGAGUGAGCGAGCGCCGCGCGCAGAACACACGCUCGCGCUCCAGCUCCCCUCCCUGGCGGUUCAUGACCGCGCGCUCUGAGCGCAGCCCCGCCACCCCGCCGCCCGCCGCCGCUAGGGCCCCCGAGGGAAGGAAAGCAGGAAGGCAGGCGCGGCCGUGCGCUCCGCGGAAUCCGCGCCCCCCGCCCGCAGCCGGCUGCCCGGCCCGGCUGGCACCAUGCUGCCCGCGCGCUGCGCCCGCCUGCUCACGCCCCACUUGCUGCUCGUGUUGGUGCAGCUGUCCCUAGCCCGCGGCCACCGCACCACGGGACCCAGGUUCCUCAUAAGCGACCGUGACCCUCAGUGCAACCUCCACUGCUCCAGGACUCCGCCCAAACCCAUCUGUGCCUCCGACGGCAGGUCCUAUGAGUCCAUGUGUGAGUACCAGCGAGCCAAGUGCAGAGACCCGACCCUGGGCGUGGUACAUCGCGGCAGAUGCAAAGACGCUGGCCAGAGCAAGUGUCGCCUGGAGCGGGCUCAGGCCCUAGAGCAAGCCAAGAAGCCCCAGGAGGCGGUGUUUGUCCCAGAGUGCAGCGAGGAUGGCUCCUUUACCCAGGUGCAGUGCCAUACUUACACAGGGUACUGCUGGUGUGUCACCCCAGAUGGGAAGCCCAUCAGUGGCUCUUCUGUGCAGAAUAAAACUCCUGUAUGUUCAGGUUCAGUCACCGACAAGCCCUUGAGCCAGGGUAACUCAGGAAGGAAAGUCUCCUUUCGAUUCUUUUUAACCCUCAAUUCAGAUGAUGGGUCGAAGCCGACACCCACGAUGGAGACUCAGCCUGUGUUCGAUGGAGAUGAAAUUACAGCCCCUACUCUAUGGAUUAAGCACUUGGUAAUCAAGGACUCCAAACUGAACAACACCAAUGUAAGAAAUUCAGAGAAAGUCCAUUCGUGUGACCAGGAGAGGCAGAGUGCCCUGGAAGAGGCCAGGCAGAAUCCCCGGGAGGGCAUUGUCAUCCCCGAGUGUGCCCCCGGGGGGCUCUACAAGCCUGUGCAAUGCCACCAGUCCACUGGCUACUGCUGGUGUGUGCUGGUGGAUACGGGGCGCCCGCUGCCUGGGACCUCCACGCGCUACGUGAUGCCCAGUUGUGAGAGCGACGCCAGGGCCAAGAGUGUGGAGGUGGACGACCCCUUCAAGGACAGGGAGCUGCCAGGCUGUCCAGAAGGGAAGAAGAUGGAAUUUAUCACCAGCCUCCUCGAUGCCCUCACCACUGACAUGGUGCAGGCCAUUAACUCAGCAGCGCCUACUGGAGGUGGGAGGCUGGUUUCUGGCUUUGCACACCCCGUGGACGGGAUCGGGCCUCCCAGGAGGAGCACAGCGCUAUGUCUGAGAAGAUGGAGACGGGGCUGACAGGCUGGCUGGCAGGAGCUGCUUGGAGGCAGCGGAAGGUGCUCUGACGGUGCUCAGCCCUCGGCCUCUGCAGGAGAGAGGACCGUGUCCACACCUCCGAGAAGAGGGGGCAGCGGGGGGGGAUGGUGAAAGCUUAUUCAGUAUUCCGUGCCUUUGUUAUGUACGCUUGGAAUACCUGUUGUCUCAUGCAAAAAUGACGAUGAGAUAUUUGUGUUUAUUAGAAGAGAGUGGAAAAAGUACCCAGGAGGGGGCAUGGGCUUCAAAAUUCCAGGUCUGGGAAGAUUAAAAAAAUAUUCUUUCCUAAACAUGUUUUUCAUUUUAAGCUCCUAUUAUGCCAAACCGUGUUUGGUUUUGAUGGGAAUGAAAAGUUUGAACCGCACUGGUAACAGUGUUACUUAGAGGCUGCACUCAUAAUCAAAAGACGGGCAAGAGGAACCAAGAAAUAGCUUAGAAAUCCAGGAAGAGGGGCGGGGGGCGGGGCGGGGGGCUGUGCGGGAAGAAGGAGAGCAAAGCCCUUGUACGGGAGGCCGCUGCCAGGCUUACCAGUUUUGCAGGGCUUCAAGCCUUCCAAGGUCUCUCAUUAUAUUUCGGGUAAGCUCUAGCUCUGACCUGAACAGGCCCUGCGGGAGGGUCUCCCUGGCCAUGCCCUCCCUCCCGUCAUUGUGCUCCAGCUGCUGGUCCUUCUCAGUUCCUCAAAUAGGCCUCGAACCUGAAGCCUCCGGGUUCCUGCCCCCCCCCCCCGACCUCCAUGCCAGCGGCUGCUUCAGCCGGAAAUAUCAGGCCCCAUCUUCCUGUGACCAGCCCCGAUUGUCCAUUUAAAUGUCAUCGUCUUAGCAACCACCCAGUCUAAGGGGGCCGCCAGUCACCCUCUGUCACCACACCUCUUCUUCAUUUCUCAGCCAAGCACUUACACUAGCUGAGGUUUUGCUGGUUUGUUUAUUUAUUGUCUGUCUCGCCCCGCCUGAAUGAAAAUUUAAGUUCUGUAGAGAAAGAACAUUGUCUGCCUUCUUCCCUGCUGUAUUCCCAGAACUCGGAAUAGUCCUUGGCACAUAGCAGACACUCAGUAAGUAUGUGUUGAACGAACAAGCAGCUAGAAGGAUGGGUGGAUAGACAGGUGGGUCCCUGUGUGAUACAGAGAGGCUUGCCUUGGUAAGGCCUCUUUACCCUACUCACCACAGGUUCGCCACCUGCUGCAAGACUCACUGUGAGGCCAACCCUGGCCAUCAAAUUCACCUUUGUCACCAUGGCCCUACAACUGCAGGGGCCCGAGAGACUUGGGGUACCAUGUGGAUGGCCAGGCAUUCUUCUGUGACGAAAGAGCAAAGGCACAGGGCUGCUGAAGGUUGGGCAGCAUGUCUGGAGUAGGGCUGUGGAAGAGAAUUUGGGAAUCCAGGCUGCCUGGGUUUUGGCCUUGGCCCUGAAUUCAGGCAGCUUUGGGACUGUAGGCAUUGCAGGCUGAAGUCAAGGAAGACACAUCUGAUCCCUCCUCCUUCCUCUCAGGGUCUGGUAAUUAAGGCUGGACAUCCGCUGGGGCCAGUGGGAAGAAGGGACAAAGAAGUCAUGUCUUCUCCCCAACCUACCACCUGUCGGGCCUGGAGAUUUGGGCUUUGUAUGAACUCUUACAUUGCGCACUCCUCCCUGCUAUAAGCUCUGUGUGGGGUUCUGGAGGCAAAUGGGGACAAAGGCACAGUCCCUGGCCUGGAGGAGCUUCGGUCUGGUUGAGAGAAGGGGUGUGUAAUCCAUGAUUGCACUAAGAAGUCAGUGUGGUAAUAGAGGCCAGGAAACUGCCUCAAGGACUCAGGGGCGGGAGGGCAUGGGAGGAAAGGCUUCCUAGAGAUGACAUUUGAGCCACAUCUUCAUGUGUGAGGGGGAAAUGCCCCAACCUAGAUGGACUGGGGCAGGGGGGCCCUAGGGGCCGUGAGGUAGGCCUGUGCAAAGAGUCGUAAGAAGUAUGGCUUAAAUCUGGGAGGUAGGCAGAAGGCGAGGCUGUAGAUUUGGGCAGAGACCAGAUCACGCCAGACCUUGUGGUUCAUGCCCGGGGCAGCACGAUGCCGGUGAUUAGUUGAGCAUUUUUGAAGAAUCAUCCUGAAGACUCUAGGAAACCUUGGUGGGAAGGGAGCAAGAUGGGGUGGGGAAGGUCACAGCCAUCAUCAGAGGGACAGGUGAGGAGAGGCCGCACUACAGCUAUGGGGGGAGGGAUGGUUUGCUGAAGCUUUAGCAGCAAAAUUAAUCAGAUUUGAAGACCUGUUAGUUAUAGGACAUGGCAGGGAGGGGAGAUAUCUGCCUCCUUUUCUGGGCUUCCAGCCUGAUUGGGGGGGGGGUUCAGGGAAGCGGUACUGCCCAAAUCUAAGAAUAGGCAAAGUAGAAUGGGGUGUCCACGGAACCAUCUGUGGUUAACGCAUGGGAGGGGCAGCUGGGAAGUAUCACUGGAGGAUGGCAGUUCUCAAUGAAGGAUUGGGGGAUGAUUGGAAUAUCCUCAUGUCCUUCCCCUUAGAUCAGCCCUCCCAUGGCACCCAUUAUCAGACCCAAAGGAAGAGUUCUGAGAUCCCAGCUGGCAGGGUCUUCUCGAGCAGGGAAACCCUCUCCUUUCUCCAUCUCACCCUAGAGAAAGUCAGCUUUGAGGGGAGGUGGGAUAGGCUUAUGUGAGCCUUCUGGUGCCUCAUGUGGUCCCCCAAGGAGAAACCAUCUGUACUGUGGCUCCUUCCUUCCUGCCAGCGCGGUUACUUGUUGAUGGCCUUGCAAGGAAGAGGCUGGAAUGUGGCUGACUUAGCAUUUCCCAGCCCCACCCACCCGCACAGCUGGCAGGGCCCGGACCCCUCUCCAGAUGGGGCUCAGUUGGUCUGCUUGGCUUGGCUAGUGCUUCCAGGCCGUCCUGCCUCACCUUCUUUAAAACUGCUUGGGACAGCAGAACAAGGCCCAAGAUCUUGGCCAAAGCAAGUUUUCUUGUGGCGAAUGGGGCUGGCUCUCCAACCGCACGUUGCAGCCAAGGCCUGGCAGGGUGAAGCUGCAGACACAAAGUGUUGCAGGAGAAGGGGAGCACCUGUCACCUCUCCGUCCGGGAGACAGCUCGGUGGGGCUGGUCUGGGGAGAGACCUAGCUUGAGUGGGUUUCCUCACCCCCGGAGGCAGGAGUCAACAGUACAGCCACCCAAACUGCCCAGAGACAGAGCUGACGCCAGCCUUUGGAUUUGUUUUUCUAAAAUCUGGAAUUUAGUAUCCUUUGGGUGUGACUUUCCAUAUCAUAUCCAAGGAAGCCUGGGUAACUCUGCACACCCAAUGAGCCCUUUCAGUAGCGUGGAACCUCGCCUGUAGGGAGGCCCGUGGCACGGACCAGUGAUAUGAAGUGAUUUAAGGAACCAUCUCGCCCUCUGAUGUAGGCUCCCCAACCCUCGCCCGACGAGCAGUUUGAAUUCCAACAGCCCUGAUCUCCAGCGGGGGUUGUGCGUACAUAUGUGAGAGGAAGGGUGGAGGUUUGGUGCCAGUGUAAGUAAGCCUAGAGCUAGGAGUGCAAGCUGCCAAUGUUUUUAGAGGAUACUUCUAGAAGGCUGCAAGAGCUGGAGGGGUCAGUGGGGCAUGGCUCUGAGGUCAGGGAUAAGUUUGGGGGAGUCUAACUGUGAUGGGAGGGACUCCAAUAAGACUGCUUGAGAGGUUUCUGGAAACUCUGGGGGAGGCCCUUUUGCCCUACCCAUCCAGCACUCCCCUGGGAAAAUCUUAGCUUCUCCUUAGCUAACUGAGUCCUCUCUUGGCUCUUUCGCACGUGCGUGCCCACUGCUGGUUUGACUAAGCAUCUCAGUCUUAACUUGAUCUUGUAUGAAGCAUGGUAUGGACUUAUGGCUGUUGUAAACCCAGAAACCUCAUUUUCAAAGUUUUAGGCUAAAUGCCUUCAGUAGUUUUCUAUUACAUUUUGUUGGGAAUAUUUGUUGGAAACUAUCUCCAAUCCGCCCCCCCACCCAACUACCAGCUGUUGUCUUGUCCCAUCUCCUUCCAGAAGGCUUAUGGUUAAACAUUCUUCUGGGGCCAUGGCUGGAGUUUCCUUCCCUCUAGAUCAAGCGUUCUUCUCCUGAGUUCAUGAGCUUGGAUGAGGUUUAGGGAGUCCACUCAACCUCAAAAGUCAGCAGAAUGCUCCGUGCGUAUGCAUUUUCCAAGGAAGACUAUAGCUUUGUUUAGGUUCUCAGAAGGGUCCAUGAUCCCUCAAAGCUAAGAAAUUCUUUUUUUUUUUUUUAAGAUAUUAUUUAUAUUUGACAGAGAUAGAGACAGCCAGCGAGAGAGGGAACACAAGCAGGGGGAGUGGGAGAGGAAGAAGUAGGCUCAUAGCUGAGGAGCCUGAUGUGGGGCUCGAUCCCACAACGCCGGGAUCACGCCCUGAGCCAAAGGCAGCUGCUUAACAACUGCGCCACCCAGGCGCCCCAAAGCUAAGAAAUUCUUGCUUUAAAUGCACUUGGAGCUUGGACAGGGGGAAGCAUUGGGUUCCAGAGUAGGACCCUAGCGCUGCCAGUGUCACAUGUCGAGCUGGGCUCUGUGAUCAGGAGUGGGGGUGGGAUGUGGGUUUCUGGAAGUCAAAGGAGUUCAGAAGCAGGGAGCCCUGUGCUAGCUGGGGAGGAAGAAAGAAGAAGGGGGACCCUGGGGGUCCAUGGGGCAGGCUGAGGAUGUGGCAGGGUCGAGGGAGCCAGACGUACUGCUUGGAGGGGCCUCGGAGGACUUCUCCUGGGGAAGUGAGUAUCCUUGGAGCUUCCAGGGCCAGGUCAGGCCAGGGGUCAUGGCUGUAAGACCCUGGGGGAGUGAGGAGGGUAGACCAGGGGAACAAGGGAGACGGGCAGGGAGGGAGAGUCAGAAGAAAAGGAAGGAAGAGGGAGCAGGAGCCAAAUGAUGGUUAUUCUGCGUGGGGGGAACUCCCAGAGGUAGUAAAGUGGGGAGAAGAGCUGCUUCUUGCGCGGACCAGCCCAAAGGAAGGUGGGGGGGCUCCCUCGGAGGAGUCCCUGAGAGCUGGACAGGCGGGAGCCCCAGCAACACGUGUCGGAGGCAGCGGGCGUCUCCUGGCAGGGCGGCUGGGCGGGAUGACCUCAUCCCUUCCCGGCUCGGCGACUGAGGCUUUAUUAUUCCAGCCUCUAGGUAGACAUGACGCUAUGCUGAGCCUAAAGGUUAAAGAAGGAGCUGCCUUUGCCACCAUGGGGCUCCCAUGGCCCCUGGUGGAAGGGGCCCAGGGGGAGAGCCCUCAGUGGGAGUAGCUGGAGCACCUCCCUUGGGGCCCUUCCUGGCACUCCUCCACGCCCCAGGGGCCUCUCUCACAUUUUGGGGAACACAGGCAGGCAGGGUGCCCGAGAGAGAGCUGGCCACCUUCCCUCCUGCGCCAUGGACAUCUUGAUAGAGAAUUUUCCACAGCUCAUCUGGUUUACCCUGCAGGCUUGAGAUUGAAUAUUGUGGGUAAAAUAGAGGGAGCUCUAAAACACCAAAUACCAUGUGCUGGCAGAGACAGAAAGCUUAGUUCCACACCGACAACUCCACGUCUGUUUCAGAGACCUUCUGAGCCUGCUUUCCAUGACAGACUAGGCAGAUCCCCAAAGAGCCCGGGGCCCAUGGUCCUUCACACCUUCCCCAGGUACUCCCUGCAUUAAACCUGUCAGGAUGACGUCCUGCUGGCAGAUCGAGUGAUUGUGCUGUCUGGGAAUCAGCCCAGGAUGCCCAGGGGGCCUGCCCAGGACUGCAAUCCAGUUAAUUAGCAAUGGGCAUUUAGCAGGGAUGCCGAGCUUUUUGUGGUAAUGAGACUUCUUUUCCCCUAAACGUUGAGGUCACUUGGGGGUGGGAAAGGGAAAGAGUUUGCUGGUUCAUUCAUAAGGGUGGGGUCAGAGAUGGUUCCCUUCCCUUCUGGAAAACUCAGCAAACCCUAGGGAAGAACCCCAAGGUAUUGACAAGUGCCUUGGAUAUUUUUCUUGCCAGAUACAAUUUCAGAAUGUGCUGGCAGCCCGGAACCCCUGGUCUGGGAUCCCUGUGAGACAGUGAGCCCCUCUGCCUCCACUUCUGAUCCACAGCAGUGCUGUAGUUUAACCCAGUGCCCUGUAGCCUAUUUGAAGGUAUUGGCCUCCCAACCUCAGCCUUACUCCCCCUACAAAGGGAAAGUUGCCCAGGAUUUUGAACACAAGCGCCUGGGCCAUAUUGACUCAGUGCCAAGCCCUGGGAAUAGGAGCCACAGUCACCUCCUCUGGAACAGAACUGUCAUUGGCUCUGAAAGUUUUAAAUAUUAGCUAGCACUCUGAAUGUUUCUUUUUUUGCGGCGAGGGAGAUAGCACAUACAUAAAUCAAAUGGAUGGGUAGGGUAUGUGUAUAAAAACAUUGGUCUUGCCGCUUUAUGUACCGUGUAGACAGGACUGUGUUAGAUGUGUGGUCAUUACUGUGCACCUUGACCCCCAGAAGCCUUCUUGGUUGCUAUAGUCUGGUACUUCUGAGCAAAAUCCCCAGGGGGUCUCGUAUCCCUGUGGUUUCCUAGGUCUAUCCCAGACCUCCAGACUUAAAACCUCUACCCCUAGUAGGUCUGGGACUUGCCAGUUUCAGAACCUUUGUUUGUGUCCAUCACAACUACCUUCUUCUCUCAGUUCCUACCGUACUUGGUGCCUGACAGUGACAGGCCGUAGGAGCUUCACGCCGAAUUGUCACUGCUUGAUGUCUGUGAAUCUGGCUCUGUCUCACCAAGACAUUGAGCAGUUCGAGGCCAGGGGCGCUCAUCCCAGAACCUGGCCUGGUGUUGGGUGUGUGUGUGCUCAGAGCACAUUUUCCCAUAGUCCCGUUUGUUGAGUGUUCAUGUUCCUGUGCGAACAGCAGCUUGUCCUGCUGCGAACACCAGGCCAGGAAGACAGCUUGGAUCCCAGCUGCGGUUUGCUCAGGUGAAUUAAAUCUAGCCAGUAUAUCUGGGGCACACUCAUCUUGUGCAAGAACAUUCCUGGCUACGGUAGAGGGCAAGACAGGCUCGUGUAAUAAGGGGGACCCCCUUAAGGACCCUAGAGAAAUUAACUAUCCCGUCUUGAGAGUCCAGCUGGAGAGGGUGUCUCGAUCCUGCUGCCAACUGAGUGGGGCUGGGAGGUCUCUGGCUCGGAAGAGCCAUUUCUCCCCGGCCGCCAGCAGCGCAGUCCAAGUACUGUGUGGGAGAGACUUGCACAGGGUGGAUGGUUCCUGCAGGAUCCUGAGCGGUGACCUCUGACCACGUGGGAGAGACUCGCACGGGGUGGAUGGUCCCUGCAGGAUCCUGAGUGGUGAUCUCCGGGGCGGGGGCGGGGCGGGGGUCUGCCUGUG